AUGUUCAUAAUCACCGAAUAAUAACAUCUACUGUUGUAAAAAUUGGCAUAAACCCGUAAUGAUGAUAAAUAAAGACUUACAAGUAAUCAAAGCAGAUCUUUAAGACCCUCACUUUUCCUAAAUGAUAUAAAUAGCAUUGUCAAUAAUUCUUUGCCUACUAUUUAAUAAUAAAAAUAGGUCUAGCAUGAAGACUUGUCUCAUAAGCCUACAGAAAUCAUUCAAAUCUCAACAGAAAGAGAGUAUGUUAAACUCCCUAAAAUUGGAAGAUUUUCUCAUCUUCGAAAAUCAACAUAAACUGAAGUGAACGAAUUUUAAUUCUUAUCACAUCAGAAUUCUCCUAAUAGAAACCAUUAAGAUACAUAAUAAUAAGAAAAUAAAUAUUUUUCUAAAACCCCAAUAAAGAAUAUGGGAACUCUCGUUUUUCAAGGAAAUUCCAGCACUAAGAAAAAGAGUGUUAAAUUUAAUCCAUAAAUUGAAACAAUAAAUGAAGCAGGGUUGAUUGGCAAAGAAUAUAUUGAAAAUACUUAGAGAUAAAGUAGAUUCAAAAGAUAAAUUUUUAAACUUCAUACACAAGUAAACUGA